UUAAUUUAAAAGUCCACUAUCCUCUAUCAUUGUCCUUUCUCUUUCUCUCUCUAUUUCUUGAAAAAAGGUUCCAACUUUGUAGUGUAGUAGUGAGUAGUAGUAGUGAAUGUUCAAGAAAUUUCUACUACCAUGGAUGGAUAUGAAGCUACAAAGAUAGUUUUAUCAAGAAUUCAAAGUUUGGAUCCAGAAAAUGCUUCAAAAAUCAUGGGGUAUAUACUGAUACAAGACCAAGGGGAGAAGGAGAUGAUAAGGUUAGCUUUUGGUCCAGAAACCCUUUUGGUUUCUUUGAUAAAUCAAGCUAAAACUUGUUUAGGACUUUCAUCAAACAGUUCAUCUGCAAUGUCAAAUGCUUCAAAAUUGAAUCUUUUUCAUCAUUCUUCACCAAGAAUCAUGAUUCCUAACAAUGGGUUUCCUUCUUCUUCACCUUCUUCACCUUCUCCUUGGUCUACUAGUGGGUCACCAGUUUUUACAAGAAGCCCUAGACCAAUGGCUUCACCAGUAGGAGGAGGAGGGGCUAGUUCACUUUCUUAUGCUGCUGUUGUGAAUGGUUCUACUAAUUCUGUUUCUGGGUCUUCAACUCCUUCACUUUCACUCCCUUUUUAUGACCCAAAUAAUGAUGAGUAUGGUGGUAGUGUUCAAGCUCAAGUUCAAGAACACUUGUCUUUUCUUGAUGAAUCAAUGGAUCCAAUUAUGAGUCCUAGUGGAAGAAGUGAUUCUUUGGUUUACCCUUAUGGGAAUUGUGAGGAAACCCCUCAUCUUCAUCGUAGGAGUUGUUCAGUCAAUGAUGUUUUUCUUGGUGGUUCAGAUGAUGGUGGUGGUGGUGGUGGGGGGUUUGGUUGGAGGCCUUGCAUGUAUUUUGCUAGAGGGUUUUGCAAAAAUGGGAAUAGUUGCAAGUUUAUGCAUAGUGGCUUUCCUGAUUCUUCUUCUUCACCAGAUGCUAUUAUUGGUUCUCCUAGUAAAGUUGACUCUGUUGAUGAUUUCUUGAGGAUGAAGGCCUUACAACAGCAGCAGCAGCAACAGAGGUUUGCUGCUGCCUCUCUUAUGGCUUCUGGUGCUCAUCAUCAUCCAAUUGCUUAUAACAAAUGCAUCAACAUCUUGAAUGAUAACCAAAGAUCAGCUGCUGCAGCAUUUAUGAUGGGUGAAGAAUUCCACAAAUUUGGUAGGUGCCGACCUGAUAGAAAUGAUUUUUCAGCAAUGGCGUUGGGUGGUAUCUCAAGUUCAAGUUCACGACAAAUUUACCUAACAUUUCCUGCUGAUAGCACAUUUAAGGAGGAGGAUGUGUCUAAUUACUUUAGUAUGUAUGGGCCUGUCCAAGAUGUUAGAAUUCCAUAUCAGCAGAAGCGAAUGUUUGGAUUCGUCACGUUUGUCUACUCAGAAACUGUUAAGAUGAUCUUGGCUAAAGGAAACCCACAUUUUGUGUGUGAUUCUCGGGUACUUGUAAAGCCCUACAAGGAAAAGGGAAAAAUCGCAGACAAGAAGCAACUUCAGCAACAACAACAUCCAAUUGAUAGAGGAGAGCUGUCGACCUGUUUAAGCCCAUCAGCUCUUGAAUCUAGGGAGCCGUAUGACCUUCCCUUUGGAGCAAGAAUGUUAUAUAAUUCACAUGAGAUGAUGUUGAGAAGAAAAAUAGAGCAGGAGGCUGAAUUACAGCAAGCCAUUGAACUUCAAGGCAGAAGACUAAUGAAUUUGCAACUGCUGGACCUGAAGAAUCAACAUCGCAAUGAUCACUUUCCACCCAGCCUCUCUCCUGGUCUUCCGACGGCCUCCCAGAUGCAGUUUCACUCUCAAAACAAUCACAAUCUUGUUCCUGUAUCGAGUGACAUUGAUCAAGAAGUCCCUGCAGAAAGUAACGAUACUCAUGAAGCUACCAAGGCCCCCCAUAAUGCAGCUGAUGAAAAGGUGCCUCAAGAAAUGCUGCCUACUGAUUUUGGGAAUGGAAGUAGCAGCAAGGAGCAGACCACCAAUAUUGACAACUCUAAUCUUCAAGAAAGCUUGGAGCACAUCCUUCCCGAUAACCUUUUUGCUUCUCCUACAAAAUCAGCUGCAGAAAACCAGGCUGCGUUCUCCACUGAUUCAGCUGAAGCUGGCGUUACUUCUCCAAUAACUACUGCUACUUCUAACAAUAAUAUCCCUAUGCUUCCUACAACGACUACCCUCAACAUGGCUUCUCUUAAAUCAUGUUACUUCCACAUGCCAAGCCAUUGAAAUGUAGGUGUUAAGAGUUGUGCAUGGCUAGCUAGGAGGGAUUAACUUAGGUUGGUUAUUGUUAUUCCCGGUUUCCAACUUUCUUGCCAUUUUUGUUCUAAAUGAGAUUCUCUAAUGUCGUUUAUGCAGAAAAACGUUUGAGUAGUAGCAUAUACAAGAAGUAAAAGUCCUCUAGCUGUAUAGCCAAACAAUACCCACAACAGAAGAAAAGAUCGAUCGCCCGGUAAGGAAGAUAUCCUCAAGAUUGUUGUCAUCAUCAAUACCAUACUACUUACAACAAAUACAUAAAUGUAUACGUAAAGGACAGAUGAACUGAUUAAUGGGAGUGGGGUCUCUCUCUCUAUUUUGUACCCUCUUUGUAGUUGUGUGCUGGACCACACUGAACAAUAGCAAAAAUUAAAGGCAGGCUAGUAGUAACCCGUUAGUUGUGAUAGUAAUUCCCCCCUCCCCCUCUUUUCUCUGCUUUUACUGUUGUAACUUGCUAUGAUGUAAAAAAUUAAAGUCGAAAAAUGAAAAUGUCUUUUAGAUCA